CUUCAAGCCACCCUUGACUAUACCCGAGAGAAAAAACAAAAGAAACAUGGGGGACUAUGGCAUUACCAUUCCAGAGUCAGCAAAGCUACUGCAAAAAUUUCUCGACCAGCGAUCAUGGAUCGAGUACGUACAGUUCCGAUGGGUUGACUUCUCGGGGGUCUUGAGGAUCCGGGUGGUCACCAAAGAGUAUGCCGUCGAAAUGGCGACGCAGGGCGCGUUCCUGAAAUCCUCGCCCAUGGCUUUUCAAUGCAUCGUGGACAACACCCUUGUUCCUGGCGUGGAUCUCACCACGUCCAACGUGUACCAGCCAGAUUGGAAGUCCAUCUGCGCGACGAGUGGACCGCAGGGCCAUGCAGCGGCACAUGCAGCGGUGAUGUGUGAUGUCUCCGAGACGUCUCUUGGCAUGCAAGCGCUUGGGCGAAAGUGCCCCAGACAGGGACUAGCCAAUGUUCUUCGAGCUGGCGCAGACAGCUUGGGCCUGGCCUUCCUGGUGGGCUUCGAGGUCGAGCUGAUCAUCCUGCAACGCUCACCUGUCAGUGGCAAAUUCAUGCCGUACAGCUCGGGCUUCGGACGCUAUUCGUCUCAUGGAUUGCGACAUCCGGCCUUUCGGUUGGUGGAGAAAUGCGUGGAGGAGCUGCGUGCGUCUGGGGUCUGCAUCCAAGGCUUUCACACCGAGGGCUUCCGUGGCCAGUAUGAGAUGUCCCUGGGUCCGUUACCGCCGAUUGAAGCCGCCGACCAGCUGGUUUUUGUCAACGACAAGAUCAAAAGCAUCGUAUCUGAACACGGCUAUUACGCAACUAUGUCCCCGAAGCCCGUGGCUGACUGGCAUGCCAAUGGACAGCACACGCAUGUGUCCGUGUCACCCAGCGCUUGCGAGGGACAUUUCUUGGCCGGGGUGCUGCGGUGCCUGCGGGGCAUCUGCGCCUUCACCAUGCCGUACGAGGCCUCCUACCAGCGGGUUAAGCCCACAGAGGGGGGCAUGGGCGUCUCAUGGGGAUCGGAGAACAGAGCGGUGCCCGUCCGCCGAGUCGCGGCUGGCCAUUGGGAAAUCCGCUGUGUCGAUGCUACGACCAAUGUCUACCUGACCUUAGCCGUCAUUCUGGGUGCUGGGAUUGUGGGUGUCCAGAGAAAAGAGGCCUUGCGCUGGCCUGAUGCGUCCACCGUCUCCCUCUGCGCAGAGACCCCUGAGCCCCUCCCGAAUUCGCUUGCAGAUGCACUUGAUUCGGUCAACGAAGACUUCGGCGCAAUCACGGCGAUGGCCGGGGAUGAUGUGAUCUCCCGGUAUCUGCAGCAUAAGCGACAUGAAAUGGCGGUGCUGAAGGCCAUGAAACCAGAAGAUGUGCGGGGACUGCUGAUCGAAACCUUCUGA